AUGCCCCCUAGGUUCGAAAAGUCACUGUACGACCUCAUCCGAGGUCUGCGUAACCACAAGGGAAACGAAAAGGAGUACAUCCAGAACUGCCUGAAAGAAUGUCGUUCCGAGAUCAAAAGCCAGGACAUGGAUGUCAAGGCCACGGCCCUGCUCAAGAUCAUAUACCUCGAGAUGAACGGCCAUGACAUGUCCUGGGCUUCCUUCCACGUUCUCGAGGUCAUGUCCUCGCCCAAAUACCACCAGAAGCGCGUUGGAUAUCUCGGCGCCGUCCAGAGCUUCAAGACCGAUACAGAAGUGCUCAUGCUAGCCACCAACCUCCUCAAGAAGGACCUCUCGGCCUCCUCUCCGAUAGUCAUCUCGCUCCCAAUCGCCGCGCUCCCACAUAUCAUCACGCCAUCUCUCGCCCUCUCCGUACUAGCAGAUUUACUGCCACGUCUCAGUCACUCGCAUUCAGCUAUUAGGAAGAAGACCAUCGUUACACUAUACAGACUAGCCUUGGUAUACCCAGAGACCCUUCGAGCAGCAUGGCCCAAAAUCAAGGAGCGACUUAUGGACAAGAACGAGGACCCGAGCGUUACAGCGGCCAUCGUGAACGUGGUGUGUGAACUAGGUUGGCGGAGACCCCAGGAUUUCUUGCCCUUGGCUCCGCGCCUGUUCGAACUAUUGGUAGAUGGGGGGAACAACUGGAUGGCGAUAAAGUUGAUCAAACUGUUUGCGACCCUCACCCCUCUAGAGCCGCGUCUCGUCCGAAAACUAUUGCCACCCCUGACCGAUCUGAUCCGAACAACGCCGGCAAUGUCCCUAUUAUACGAGUGUAUCAACGGCAUCAUACAAGGAGGCAUCCUUGGAGACUCGGAAGACGAUGGAAGGGAGGAAAUUGCUAGCCUAUGUGUUUCCAAGCUUCGGGGCAUGAUCACUUUCAAUGGCGAUGCCAACUUAAAAUAUGUGGCUCUCUUGGCCUUCAACAGAAUCGUGGUCACGCACCCGUUCCUUGUUGCUCAGCAAGAGGACGUGAUCAUGGAGUGCAUCGACAGCGAAGAUAUAACUAUUAGGAUAAAGGCCCUAGACCUGGUACAGGGGAUGGUCAGCAGCGAUAACCUGGUGUCUAUUGUCAGCCGGCUUAUGAGGCAGCUCAAGACGUCCACAAACUCGAACAAUGAUCAGUUGGACGACCUAUCAACCGACUCGAGCGAAGAGAUGGGCGCGGAACGACGGUCUCGGAAGAGAGAUGAGGCUCCUCCUCUCCCCGAAGACUAUACAAUUGACGUUAUUGGCAGGAUCCUGAAGAUGUGCUCGCAGGACAACUACUCCAAUGUGGUCGACUUUGACUGGUACAUCGACGUACUUACACAACUCAUCCGGAUUGCUCCGGCGUCUCGUAAGGAGGUUGACUCGGACGGUAUGGCACUGGGAGCGAAAUCUACCACAGCCGAUAUCGGGGAGAGCAUUGGCAAUGAGCUCAGAAACGUGGCCGUCAAGGCGAAGGCAGUGAGAGUUGCCGCUGUCCGGGCUGCCGAGCUUAUAAUCGCAAAGUUAGCGAUGGAAUCCACUUCACACCAAGUGACAUCAGGUUCACUGAAGCCUGUUGCUUGGAUCGCCGGAGAAUACGCAUAUCACCUAUCAAACCCAAGCGACACACUCAAUCACCUACUACAGUUAAUACCGCGCAUCAGACCCCCAGAGGUUCUCGCAACCUGCCUGCAGGCCUCCAUGAAGUUGUUCGCGCUGAUUGCUGGAAACGACCAAACAUCCUGGACAGCAGAACGGAAGUCGAUGGUAUCUCUGCUCAUGGCGCGGGUCAUCCAUACAUAUGAGCCCCUAGUGCUUCAUCCAUCUCUUGAGGUCCAGGAACGAGCGGUAGAGUUUACCGAGCUCCUGAAACUCACCGCCGAGGCAGCAUCGGCACAGGCGCCAUCAACAGACGAACUCGAACAAGACCCACCACUCCUUCUCACACAAGCGAUACCCUCUCUCUUCCAAGGCUGGGAGUUGAACUCCGUUGCAGUUGGCGCUCAGCUGAAUGUCCCAAUGCCGGAGGGCCUGGACUUGGACGAACCUAUUCAUCCUAACCUCGGCAGUUUGCUGGCACAAGCAGACUCGCUGAUGCUUCCCAUCCAGGAAGACGACGAAUUCGCGGCUUACUACAACGAAAAGGCGGCCCCGACCAGCAUCUCCAGUGAGCCAGCAAUCAACAGACUGAGGGAUGCGCCCGAGACGAUAUCUUCCGGUUCCUACCAGCAAGCGACAGAGGAUAGCUACCUCGACGCUGACAUUAUCGCCCGUCGGAAGGCCGAACGAGCAGAGCGCAACCGUGACGACCCAUUCUACAUCGGCGACCUAGGCAGUCCUUCUCGCUCACAAGGCACUUCUACACCCAUACACAACAUCCUGCAAAACGAAAACGGUCCAGACCUCGACAUCGACUCCAUCCCCAUCAUGAAGCUCGAUCUCGGUGCCAUCAGCUCCUCCGGCGUCGGCGCCGGCGCCGGCGCUCCCGGAACAUAUCAGCAACCCAAACCCAAAUCACGCCCACAGAUCGUCGUCGCAGCAGACGAAACACUUGUCGGCAGCCGUCCCUCCACACCGCGAACGGGAAGCCAGCAUGACUCCGACGCCGAUCCCUCCAGCACCAGCGCCAAAUCCCGCGCGGCCAAGAAACUCAAGCAAUCACUUCUACAAGUUGACUCAAGCCACUUGCGCAACCUCAGCUUAGAAGCCAGCCAGUCGGAUGAUUCCGGUGCUCUCCCGCACGAGAAGCUGGCAGAGACCGAUGCCGAAAUGGCAAAGGCCAUGAAGGAAGUCCAGCGGCUAAGAUUAGAGAUGCAGAGGGCUAACGAGAGGAUACAAGUCGCUCAAGGUGUGCCGACGGAGGGAGUGGUGGUUAAGAGUAAGAAGAAGAAGAAGGAUAAGGAGGGCAAGAAGGCGAAGGCGAAGUUGGAAGGGGGUGAUGGGAUUGAUGACGAGAAGGAGAAGAAGGUGAAGAAGAAGAAAAAGAAGGCGGAGGCGGAGGCGGCAGAGGGAGCGGAAGGAGGAGUGGUGAUAGAAGGGGAACCGGUGGGUGGAGAGGGAGAGGGAGAGGCGGUGACUGUUAAGAAGAAGGAAAAGGAGAAGGUUAAGAAGAAGAAGCCGAAGAGGAUUAUACAGCUUGAUGAUGACGCUGGGACUGGGACUGGGAUUGGAGCUGAAGCUGGAGUUGAAGCUGGUGAGCCAUAG